AUGAACCUUCGGUGGACAGAAGACUGCAGAAAAUCAACUUACCCUCCUUCUGGACCAACCUAUCGGGGGCCGGUGCCGUGGUACACUAUCAACCUGGACUUACCGCCCUACAAGAGGUGGCAUGAACUGAUCACCGACAAGGCACCUUCGCUAAAGGUUAUGCUGAAUUACCUGAGGGAUGCAGCAAAUAUAUUUGUUCCAAGUGGAAAACUCAUGCAGAUAGUGGAUCAAAAGUUGCCUGGUCUACUUGGCAACUUUCCUGGCCCUUAUGUGGAGGAAAUGAAGGGAAUUGCAGAUCUUACUGGCAUACCUUUUGGAGAGAUUAUUUCAUUCAAUAUUUUCUAUGAAUUUUUUACCAUUUGUACCUCAAUCAUAGCAGAGGACAAGAAAGGUCAUUUAGUACAUGGGCGAAACAUGGAUUUUGGAAUAUUUCUUGGGUGGAAUAUGAAUAAUAAUACCUGGACCAUAACUGAAGAGCUAAAACCUUUAACAGUGAAUUUGGACUUCCAAAGAAAUAAUAAAACUGUCUUCAAGGCUGCAAGCUUUGCUGGCUAUGUGGGCAUGUUAACAGGAUUCAAACCAGGACUCUUUAGCCUUACACUAAAUGAGCGUUUCAGCACAAAUGGUGGUUUUAUGGGUGUCUUAGAAUGGAUUUUGGGAAAGAAAGAUGCUAUGUGGAUUGGGUUUCUCACUAGAGCAGUUCUGGAAAAUAGUACAAGUUAUGAAGAAGCAAAGAAUACACUGGUCAAAACGAAGAUACUGGCCCCAGCAUACUUUAUCCUGGGAGGCAACAAGUCGGGGGAGGGCUGUGUGAUUACACGAGAAAGAAAGAAAUCUUUGGAUGUUUAUGAACUCGACCUCAAGCAGGAUAGAUGGUAUGUCGUAGAAACUAACUAUGACCGUUGGAAACAUCCCCUCUUCCUCGAUGACCGCAGAUCAGCUGCCAAGACGUGUCUAAACCAGACAACCCAGGAGAAUAUCUCAUUACCAACUAUCUAUGAUAUCCUGUCAACAAAACCUGUCCUCAACAAGCUGACUGUAUUCACAACCUUGAUGGACGUUACCAAAGGUCAAUUUGAAACGUACCUGCGGGAUUGCCCAGACCCUUGUAUCGGCUGGUGAGCACACACCUGGCCUACAGAGUGCACUGUGAUGUCAAGCGGGGAGCUCACAGGUGGCCCACGAGUGCAGCCAUCGGAUCUCUGACCAAGAACUAAGACUCAGGGCAGCUUCUCUUUCAGGCAUGAGCUUGUCCGUGUCUUUGUAUGUUUACAAUUCACAGGCUAUUUGUGCCACAACAGUUGACUGUUCUUAUUUACAGAUAAUUUAAGUAUAGCAAUCAUUUAGAAUUUGUUGAGUUUCAUUUCACUUUAACAUUUGGGGAUGGGCAGUUAAACUAUCGUGGGACCCACUUCUAUAGAGUAAAGCAAGAGUCUUGUGGGCGCUAAGUCAGCACAUCUGCGUAAUAGCUACAGCAAAUUGUUUUCCACUUUUAUCUAUAGAUUUGUGUAUUUUCCUGUAUAGCAGUCUUUUCCUCCUGGUACUAAUUGCUACUAAAGUUAAUACAGUAUGCCACUGUCUCCUGUGUGUGACAGCAAUGUUAAUUUCACUAACUUUGGAGGGAGAAAUACAUUCAACUGUGUAUUUCUUAAUGGGCAAUACCUGGGCCUUCGACUCUAAAUGGAAGUACUUUUUAGGGGUCAUGAAGCAAUCAAUAUGCAACACUGUCUUUUAUAUACAGAAUGGAGGUGUUUCCUUUUUCAUAAUGACCCUACCUCCCAGAAACCCCAGGAUGUUAGCUUUAAAAACUGAGGCCCAGGUUCUGUGAAUUAAUAGUAAAUAAACAGGUCAGACUUGUGGAAAAUGGGAUAUGAACCCAUUUUUUUAACCUUCCCAGGGAUUAUCCACUUAAUAGAUUUUGAGUUUUUCCUUUUGAUCAAUAUGUAUUUUUUUAAACUAAGUAGUUACUAAAAAUGUUUUUCAGAAAUCAAUAUAUUUAUGAAAAAUGCUAAUUGCACUUGUUAACUUUUCAAACUCUCACAAUUAACUGUGAACUGCAUGCCAGUUGGGCAUGACUGUAUCCGCUUCAUUUCCAUGUCAGUUGUAUUCAUGACGUCCAAUAAAGCAUUGUCAGCA